CAUUUUUUAUCACCAGCCUCACUCUGUUUUGCAGCCUCUUCCCCCCUUCAUUUGCAGACAGAGAGAGAGAGAGAGAGAGCAACAAUGGCGCCGAAGCAGAAAGUAGCAAAGGUGAGUCGAAACCCAGAUCUGAUCAGAGGCGUAGGAAAGUACUCUAGGUCUCAGAUGUACCACAAAAGGGGUCUCUGGGCUAUCAAGGCCAAAAACGGCGGCGUAUUUCCCCGUCACGACAAGAAGCCCGCAGACCCCACACCCGCCAUCAAGGCCCCCAAAUUCUACCCAGCCGACGAUGUCAAGAAGCCCCUCCUCAACAAACGCAAACCCAAACCCACCAAGCUCAGGGCUAGUGUUACUCCAGGGACUGUGCUGAUUGUAUUGGCUGGGAGGUUUAAGGGGAAGAGAGUUGUGUUUUUAAAGCAGCUGACAUCUGGGUUGCUUCUUGUUACUGGACCAUUCAAGAUUAAUGGUGUUCCUCUUAGACGUGUAAAUCAAUCUUAUGUGAUUGCCACUUCAACCAAGGUUGACAUCUCUGGAGUCAAUGUUGAAAAUUUUGAUGACAAAUAUUUUGCAAAGCAAGUUGAGAAGAAGAAGAAGAAAGGAGAAGGGGAGUUCUUUGAAGCUGAGAAAGAGGAGAAGAAUGUUCUUCCACAGGGGAAAAAAGAUGAUCAGAAAAAUGUGGAUGCGCCCUUGAUUAAGUCCAUUGAAGCAGUUCCAGAUUUGAAGACCUAUUUGGCUGCCAGGUUUUCGCUCAAGGCAGGCAUGAAGCCUCAUGAGCUCGUCUUUUAGAGGAAUCACUUUGGUUUUCGUUAGGACUGAUAUUUUUCGCUAUUGUGUUCUCUUUUGUUUCA